AUCACCCGAGAUACACCAGCCUCUCACAAGGAAGGUCAGUAAAGUCAAAGUAAGUGAAGGUGCAUCGUCUCAUAAAAGGAAGACUACAACAGAACCAUCAAAGGGUUCCAAGAAAACCAGAUCACUUGCCAAUGGCUCAAGCACUGGAAGCCUACGGUGUGCCACAUCCACAAGUACUAAAAGAACCAAAACUCGCAUUGCCAAAAUCAGUGAUCAAUCUCCACUGACUGGGAUGAAACACAGAUCUGUUUUGCGGUCAGCCAGUGAUGACUACCUGUAUUGCUCCCUGUCUGGAUUGUCUCCACAUGUAAUGAUCUCUACAUCCCAUGGAGAGACUUUGUGCCUCUCGGAUGAUACUGUUGAAGAUGUCGACAUCGGGUUACUGGAUGAUAUGGCCGUUCUCCAGAUGCAGAAGUUGAUGAAACUGAUGGACUACCUUUUCAACAAAGUCAAAGCGAAUCAGCCUAUGAAUGAGACUGUGCAAUGAUACCAAGACAUCUAACAUUG